GAUUAUGCCGAUGCAGCUAUAUGAGUUGCAGACGUAACACGAAGCCACCAUAACCCCAACCUUCUCCUGUGCCUCAUUUCUUGCUUCCGACCAUGUUCCCGUGCGGCGGAUCCAGCGUCGAAGUAGUGUCUCGGUUGCUGAAGCGUUUGGAAGAAACCAAAGGCCUCCUCGUCCCCGAUCCGAAGGGUGCUUCUUCCCAGGUUGUUGCUACGAAGAUCGACGAUAUCAAGAAAAAAAUGGAGGAGCUGAGAAAAGAGUUGCGGGAAUCCAAGGGCAAAGAAGACGCCGCCAUAAAUAAAUUUGCACUCGUCGCCAGGCAAGUCGACGAAUUGUUGGGACCGGAAAUCACCUUCAAGACGUCGAAUUCCUCGAAAACAGAGAGCCCACUCGAAAAGCUCGACAAAAUCAUUGCAAUACUCGAGAGUUCAGAGGAGAAGUCAAAGGAUUCGUCGGGUGAACAGGAAUCCAAGGCUGAGGGGAAGGAGGGCGAGGAAGAAAAAGUGCUCCCACUGGAGUGGCAGAUCCAAGAGAGCUCCGCUUGGGCGCACCUUUUGCUUGUGGUCGACAGCUUCGAGACUCAGCUGAAGCAUUGCCUCUUCUGCCUCACCGUCUUCCCGGCGAAAGCUAUCCUCAAGAAGAGGCUGCUGAUCCACUGGUGGAUGGGCGAGACAAUAGUGACGAGUUCUAGGGAAGGGAAGAAAUGCUUCGACCAACUCGUCUCCAAGGGCCUGAUCAUAACCAUCAAGAAGAAGCACUGUGACAAGGUGCACUACUUCAGGAUACAGUCGUGGAUUCGCAGGCUGUUGAUCACCGUCGCCAAGAGCAACGGCUUCCUCGAUUUCGACCGGGACGGCCGCCCCAGCAACGACUACUCCUGGAGUCGCCGUGCGUGCUUGCGCCUCGAACAAAACCCCAUCGGCGACGAUGCGGGACGUCGACUGCUCACCAUCUACAACGUCGACAAGCGCUACGUCGACUUCGAACCCACAUGGCUGGUCAACAAGGGCGAGAUGACCACAAUGCAGCUGGGGCGGUGGCAGGACUCGGACCAGAAGAACGAUAUCGUGGUCAAGAACGAGGAGUUCUUGAAGGGGCUCCAUAACUGCAAGAGCUUGCGGUACAUGAGCCUCAGAGGCGUAUCGAGGGUGGAAACGCUUCCCGACUCCAUCGGCAAGCUCACAAAGCUGGUGGUGUUGGACCUCCGGGCGUGCCACAAUCUGGAGAAGUUGCCUGAGGCGAUCGGGUCCGCCAAGAAGCUGCAGUACCUGGACGUGUCGGAGUGCUUCCGGCUCAACAAGAUGCCCAAGAGCAUCGCCAACCUCUCCGAUCUGGAAGUGCUCAAGGGGUUUUUACUGAUCAGUGGGCCUGAUGACAAACAUGUUUGUCAUCUCCAUCAGUUGGCCAAGCUGACCAAGUUGAGGAAGCUCAGCAUCAACAUAGCCAGUCGGAUCGCAGAAAAAGAGCUGGAGAAUGUGGGCGAGUUGAAGAAGAUCACCACCCUCAUCAUAACAUGGGCAGUGGUUACAGAGAAGAAGGAAGACUCUCAUUCCACCAGAGGUGAUGAGGCGUCCUCACAGGAGAAGAAACAACCAGGGACUGGUAAGGACUCAAUCGAAGAUCUCCCAUCGAAGUCCAAACAAUCAUCCGAUGCUGCUACUGCUGCCGCUGAUGCCGAUGAUCAUGAUGAUGGUGAAGAUGAUGUCAUCGAAAAGCGUCAGCUGCCACAUCCACCGGAGCAGAAACCAUCAGAAUCCGAUGUCCCGUACAAGAACGCCGAUCCAAGGAGCAAAGACGUUACUUUUGGUACUGAUGCCACUACGAAGAAAGUUCAACCAAUAUCCGACCAUGAGGCUCGCCCGACCACCGACGGACAAGCUUCGGGAGUGAAGUUACUGACGAAGAGAGAAACCAAGAAGAUUGCAGCGGAUCGUUUCCUUGAUCCCGCUAAGGUUACCCUUCCUAGUACGAUAGAGAAGCUGGAACUCCGGUGCUUCACCGAGGAGGAGUUCCCGCAGUGGAUUGAUCCCAGCAAAUUAGAAAACGUGAAGAAACUGUACCUGAGGGGAGGGAGGCUCCGAAGUCUAGGAGACGGCCGGGGGUGGAAGGUGGAGGUGCUGCGCCUGAGGCUCCUCAAUUAUCUGGAUCAUCCCAGCUGGGAGAACCUGACAACUUCGUUCCCAGGGCUCCGAUUCGUCGAGAAAUUAAACUGUGGGAAAAAAAGUUCAUCGCACAAGGAAUUAAGUUCUUGGCCUUGCAAUAAAGAAGGGUUUUGGUGCAAGGAGGAUGCCAAAAAGAGUGCUGAGGAUGAGCCGAAAGCCAUUAACUUGCCGCCACCGGAGACCGAUUGAUCAGUUGCUGUGC